AUGCAAGCUUUUGUUUUGGCUAAAAACGCAUCUGGAUAUCAACAUCUUUUGGAAGAAAAGCGUUGUUUGACGAUUAGAAAUCCUUCAUUGGGUGAGAAUCGUCAGAAGGUCAAGUACGCUAACGGUGGUUUGAAUAUUAACCUUAAUAACAACACCGUUGUUGAGGAAUGCCACGAGGCUAUUGGUUCUGAAUGGGGUUUUGAUUUUACUCCGUUUGAUUCAGUUGUGGAGGAUCCAACAGUUGACAACAAGUUUUUUAAAAGUCCAAUUGAUGUAAUUGGUUUUGUGGUCAAAAGUUUUCCCUUCGAGGUAGACACGGAAACUAAUAAUGGACAAAACCAGAAGAAAGUCACAUUUAUGCUUGAAGACUUGAACAAUAAGCAGAUCUUUGUGACACUUUGGGACGGUUAUGCGGAUCAAAUAAUGGAGUAUGAGAGCAGCAAUCGAGGUGAAAAAAAUGUCGUCGUAAUCAUUCAGUUUGGGAAAUACAGAUUCUGGGGAGGGCAUUUGUCUGUUUCAAAUUUGUAUAUUGUCACCGAGUCUCAAUUAACAGUGAUAUUGAUGAGAUUUAUCGAGAAACUUUCUCCCGAAAUGUCUUCCAGUUAUUCUGGCCUAAGUUCUUCUGUUGUCAAGUCUGUCACUGAAGAGUUCCUUUCUGGCCUCACUUUUUUUCCCAUUGGGUCGUUAAGCUCAAUAGAUACGACGAGGUUUGUUGUCAUUGUUGGCACUAUCAAGAGUUUUGCAUCGAACAAUGAGUGGUUUUACAACGCGUGCACAAACUGCAACAAAAAGGUUUCAACCGUUACUGUUGUUAAAGAAAAGCAGGAUGGUACUGAUGGUUUUGAAGAGGUUACUGUCUUGGAAUGCAAGACUGAUAUUUGUAAUACAAGGACCGUUUCAUCAAUUCCACGAAUUAGGCUUUAUAUACGUGUCCAAGAUUGCACUGGUAUUGUGAGUCUAACAUUGUUUGAGCGUGAGGUGACAAAGCUUUUGAAGGUUAAUGCUAAUCAGCUUUUAGACAACAACAUUGAAUUAGCAAACGAAGGAAGCUUUCCAAAGGAGCUAAAUUCAUUACUCAAUAUGAAGUUUGCCUUCAAGAUUGCUGUUUCUUCUUUUAACAUCAGCAAGAAGUCUGAUGGAUACUCAGUCUCCAAGAUGACUGAUAACCCGGUUGUUUUGUCCGAGCUUGAUAAACAUUUUGACACUAUUCAGCCUAUUGAUGAGGAAGCCGUCAAUGUCGAACCAUCCGAUUCAAAUCGUAAUGAUGAUUUGCCUGUUAAGGUUUAG